CGAGCGGGCAGCGGAAGCAGCGACUAUGCGCCACGCCGGCUUGAGGCCCUCGCUCAACGGGAGCAGCAGUUAGCUGCUCUAGGAAGGAGAUUAGUCGGGAGGAGGCGAUUACCCCGAGAGGAGACAGAGAAGAGGGAUUCAUAGCCUACAAAGAUGACCAUAAUAGUCUUUCUCAUCGACACCUCGGCCUCGAUGAACCAGAGGGCUUAUCUGGGUGGUCGACCCACCCUGCUAGACGUGGCCAAGAGCGCUGUCGAGACAUUUGUCAAGGUCCGACAAAGGUCACCAGAGAGUAGAGGAGAUAGAUACAUGUUAUUGACCUUUGAAGAUACACCUCAUAACAUAAAGGCCGGCUGGAAGGAGAAUCUGGCGACAUUCAUGAACGAGCUGAAGAAUCUGCAGUGCGUCGGCCUCACGACCCUCGGCACCGCCCUCAAAAAUGCCUUUGACGUGCUCAACAUUAAUCGCAUGCAGACGGGCAUCGACACCUACGGACAAGGCAGAUGCCCCUUUUACCUCGAGCCAUCGGUCAUCGUCGUCAUCACCGAUGGCGGCAAGUACACGACCGGAAACGGAGUUCACCAGGACUUCACCUUGCCGAUGCAUACGCCGAUACCGGGCUCGGAGCUAACGAAGGAGCCCUUCCGCUGGGAUCAGCGUCUCUUCUCCUUGGUUCUACGACUAUCCGGUACACCAGCGGUGGAGCGAGACACGGGUCUCGUGGCCAGUGAUGCCUCGCCCAUCGAUGCCAUGUGCGAAGUGACGGGUGGCCGCUCCUACUGCAUCACCUCCCAUCGUAUGAUGAUGCAGUGCAUCGACUCGCUCGUACAGAAAGUCCAGUCGGGCGUCGUCAUCAACUUCGAGAAGAUCGGCCCGGAUCCACUGCCCCUGGCCAACGAGUCCGUCAACUCCUUGCACUCGGAAAAUGACGAGGAGAACGAGGAGGAGACUGGCGGUCUUACGACCAACGGCUCCAUCGCGGGAAGAAACGCGGCGUAUCCGAACGCAAACUCAAAUUCGACGAUAGGCAGCAUGAUGCCAAACAACCUAGCCAACAGCACGGCGUGGCACUCCUGCCGUCGGCUCAUCUACGUGCCACGCUCGGCACAGAAGGGCUUCGCCGUCGGCUUCUGGCCCAUCCCCGAGAGCUUUUGGCCGGACAUAUCGGCGAGUUCGCUGCCACCCCGCUCGGCCCAUCCCAACGUCAAGUUCACGUGCACGAGUCAGGAGCCCCUCGUCAUCGAGAAUCUGCCCUUCGACAAGUACGAGCUCGAGCCGAGCCCCCUGACACAGUUCAUACUGGCGAGGAAGCAGCCGACGAUUUGCUGGCAGGUGUUCAUCGCCAAUUCGUACAAGAGCAGCGAGGUUGGACAUCCGUUCGGCUACCUCAAGGCCAGCACCAAUCUCACCUGCGUCAACCUCUUCGUCAUGCCCUAUAAUUAUCCGGUGCUGUUGCCCCUCCUGGAUGAGCUCUUCAAGGUUCAUCGACUCAAGCCGAGCAACGAGUGGAGGACUCAGUUCACGAAUUACAUGAGGACUAUGCCUGCCUAUUAUGCAGCCUCGCUGAGGAGAGCAUUAACGCGAAUGGGUGCUCCAGCUGCACUGGCGCAAACUCUCAUACCCGACAACAUGGAUAACACUUUGUCGUACAGUGUACUCAAUUACUUGAAGCGACUGAAGAACACAGCAAAGAUGGAGUUCGACCGACUUUGUAACGAAGUCAUAUCGAAACAAGUAGCCAACAAAAGCCUAGCCAACGGUAGUACCAAUGCCGUACUCGAGGGCCUACGUGUCACUCCUCGUGCAACCCUGAAAAAAGACCUGCUAUCGAAUUCGUUAACGGAUCUCAGAGACGAGCUAAAUAAAUUCAGCGGUUUCGUGGUGGGUCUAGUGAAGAAUCAUCAGCAGCAACGCGGCGCCCAGAGCUACCGUAACGCCUUCGACAUACCGCGCAAGUCGCUCCUUGACCAAGUUGUGCGUAUGCGUGCCAACUUCCUGCAGCCAGGACUACUGCACACGAAGCUAUUAGACGACGACUACGUGCACUCGAUGCCAGUUUCGCAGAUGGGGAACUACCAGGAAUAUCUGAAGCGGAUGACACCUCCGCUCAGGGAAAUCGAGAGCACGCCUGUCCGACAACAUAUGUUCGGCAACCCAUUCAAGAUUGACAAGCGAAUGAUGGUAGACGAAGCCGACAUCGACAUCGUAGGUGCAACAUCCUCAGCCUCCAAAGGCCUAAAACGUUCCUUAGCGGUUGCGGAGGCCGGUAAUUUGGGCCCGGGUGGUGGUUUGAACUCGUCCAGGCCUCCGAGCAAAAGGAAACCCGGCCCCAUUCCAAAAGACGUGACCGUUCGACGGCCUUCGUAUUCACCACCUAACACACCGCCUGGUUCGCCAAUACCCUGGUCCGACGACAUCAAGGGCCCAACAUCGCCACCCCUACCACCGCCACCUUGCCCUAGUAUCCUGAACAGCGUCUCUCGAAAUCUGACGCCGAGUCUCAACUCGACGCCGACGACGACUACGACCGUGCCGGCGGCGGCCACGGCGCUGACGCCGACAACGAAGAUGAUGUCGAUGACAACGUCAACGAAUGUGGUGACAGCUGUGACAUUGUCCAUCACCACGAGCAGCACGAGCAACAGUUGUGGUAUCGCGAGUUCAAUGCUAAUGAACAGUGCGUCAACAAUAGCGCCGACGGAACAGAAGCUGGUAAACGGGGAUAUUCUUACUGCCGGAGUAUUCGACCCGAUAAUACCGAUUGUCGAGACGGUGAACAAUAAUAGUAAUAAUAAUGGUGGUGUUGGUGGUAGUGGUGCUGCGAAUCACAGUUGUGAGGCCACGGUGACAAACAACAUUGAUGCGACGAUGAGAAAUAGUGCUAACACUAGUUGUGGUGUUAUUAAGACUGAAAUCAAGAAUGAGCCCCGGGUCAUGUCGCCGUCAUUUACCGACGGCCAGCACGAGAACAACAGUGUCGGUCAGAUUAAGUGCACCGAGACGGAGGGUUGCAAUAGUGCAGCACCUCCGACGAUGAACCACGUGGAUGAGAGACAGAUUAAGGUGGAGCCCAAGGUGGAGAAGGAAAAGCCAUUGACGAAGAAGGACCUCGAGGAGAUCAGAAAACAUAAUUUGGAAGUCAGAAAUUCGAUUUAUAAAGAGAUACGGAGGAAAGGCACGAAUUUCGCUACCCUCUUCACGCACCUGCAGGUGAUCCAAGGAAGCCUUGACACUCGGCUCGCUUUCGUCCGCGACAUCGUCAAAGAGUCACUGCGCUUUAAGCGACGUAACCUCGCCAACCUGCUGGAAGAGUACCUUAAGAAGCUUCAGGAAGAAAGCAAAAACGUCGUCAUUAAUUACAAGAUGCAUCACAACGGCGCAAAUAAAAUAACUUAAUGAUCUCGAACUUAAUGCCCCUAUUAAUGACACAAGUGCACCCGUGAUGGGCCUUUUUUAGAAAUGAGAAAAAAUAUUCUUUUGUCCGGGAUUCAAUGAGCAUAUCUCUUCGAGCAAGAUAUACAAGCAGAUGUAUAGAUAAACAUAAAUAUAUAGAUAUAUUAAUUGACUCGGCCACGGCGGGGACACUUUAUUUUAAACGGAGGGAGGAUUUUCUAUUCUCCUUCACCUCUUAAUUCUUUUUUAUUUUUAAUUUUUCAUUUUUAAUUAUUAUCGUUUAAAAAUGUAAAGCAGAAAAUCGCAGACUUUGCACAUACUUAUGGACGAACUAUCACAUGCUUUUUUUAUUAUUAUUAAAAAAAAUGUAGGGAAUCUUUUCUUUUGAUGAACUUAUAAGAGUUUUUUCUCCUUCGUGCGUAAUCUCCCGAUAUAUAUUUUCUUGUAAGAUAUACAGAAAUGCCAAUCGUUAUUAUCCGAGAUAAAAAUAAUGAAGAUUAUUAUC